AUGGCUGUGCUCAGCCAGCCCGUCUCGGGCACUCGGUUCGCUUUCCUACCACUCCUGCCAAUCUCUAGCGCAUUCCCACCACCUUUGCCAAUCUUUGGAUGUCCUUCCUUCCUCCUGCGCGGCUCCAGCCGGUCAGUCUUCUGGAGAGUGACAGACGCCCCACUUCCCGCCUCCACGCGAAUGCCCGCCCACCGGGUCGCGCCAGCCAAUCGCAGGCUGCGUUACAGCGGCUGGCAGCGCCUAUCAGCCCCGCCCUUCCAGCCUCGGUGUGGCUUGUGGCUGCCGAAUCGAACCUUCCUGCCGCCGCGGGCCCAGUUCCUGGAGGCAGACUUUUUAGGAAUCUGGGCGUCCCAGUGUGUGGCCUGUCGAGCGGGGCCGAGGAGGCCAGAGCCGACCUCGGCUCGGAGAAGGACGCGCCCUGAAGCGCCAGGCGCCCGCCCGCAGGGGUCGGACUCGCCCUGGCGGCCGGUGCGUGGAAACCUCCCCUCCCCCGCCGCCGCCGCUUCCCUGUGCGGCGCAGACGGGGUGGGGCUGGGCCCCUGUCACCCCCAUUACUCACAUUCUGCUUGCAGAAAUGCUUACCAGGGCUUUAAUGGAAUGGAUCGUGACUUUGGCCCUGGAUCUUAUGGAGGGAUGGAUCGUGACUAUGGCCAUGGAUCCUAUGGAGGUCAAAGACCCAUGGACACCUACCUAAAUCAGCCAUAUGGCAUGGAUAGUCAUGGUGGUGGUGGUGGGGGCAACAGGUUUGGACCUUAUGAGUCUUACGACUCCAGGUCUUCUCUGGGUGGGCGAGAUCUGUACAGAUCUGGCUAUGAUUAUAAUGAACCCGAACAAAGCCGCUUCGGAGGUAGUUAUGGUGGUCGAUAUGAGAGCUCCUACCGGAAUAGCCUUGACUCUUUCGGAGGUAGAAACCAGGGCGGGUCUAGCUGGGAAGCACCUUACUCCCGUUCAAAAUUGAGGCCUGGGUUUAUGGAGGACAGAGGAAGAGAGAAUUACUCUUCCUACAGCAGUUUUUCUUCACCCCAUAUGAAGCCUGCACCUGUAGGCUCUCGGGGGAGAGGAACGCCUGCUUAUCCUGAAAAUACGUUUGGAAGCAGAAACUAUGAUGCUUUUGGAGGACCAUCAACAGGCAGAGGCCGAGGCCGAGGACAUAUGGGAGAUUUUGGAAAUGUUCAUAGACCCGGAAUUGUUAUUGACUAUCAAAACAAAUCCACCAAUGUGGCAGUUGCUGCUGCAAGAGGAAUAAAGAGAAAAAUAAUGCAGCCAUUUAAUAAGCCUGGUGGAAGCUUCAUCAAGAAACCCAAGCUCACAAAACCCGUGGAGAAGGCAAACCUCAGCAAAUCACCUACAAAAACUGAUUCCAAAUCAGAAGAGAAAGAAAAACGACGAAUUGAAGCUCGGCGAGAGAAACAGAGGCGUAGAAGAGAGAAAAAUAAUGAGAGAUAUGGAGAUGGAUACAGAACAGCGUUCACCUGUUCAUUUUGUAAAUUUCGGACAUUUGAAGAAAAAGAUAUUGAACUUCAUUUGGAAAGUUCUUCACAUCAGGAAACAUUAAAUCAUAUUCAGAAACAAACCAAAUUUGACAAAGUAGUUAUGGAGUUUUUGCAUGAAUGUAUGGUGAAUAAAUUCAAAAGAACAUGUAUCCGUAAACAACAGACAACUAGUCUGACAGAAGCAGGUAAAAUAAUUGACAAAGACGCUAUGGAAGGUGUUACUGCAGAUGACCACAUGAUGAAGGUAGAGACUAUUCAUUGCAAUGCCUGUAGUGUGUAUAUCCCUGCCUUACAUAGUUUAAUCCAACAGCACUUGAAGUCUCCUGAUCACAUCAAAGCAAAGCUGGUUUAUAAGGAACAAAUAAAAAGAGAAAGUGUCUUGACUGCUACAAGCAUUUUAAAUAAUCCAAUAGUGAAGGCACGGUAUGAGCGCUUUGUUAAGGGUGAGAACCCUUUUGAAGUUCAAGAGCAAUCUCAGGAUCAAUUAGGAGAUGAGGAAGAAGAAGAAAAGAUUGAUGAACCUGUUGAGGAAGAUGAAGAAGAAGAGGAAGAUGAUGAUGAAGUGGAGGAAGCAGAGGAAGUGGAGGAAGCAGAGGAAGUUGGAGGAGUAGAGGGUGUUGGGGAAAUAGUAGCUGGGGAAACAGGAGAAGAUCAGGGAGAUGGAGAAGAGGGAGCUGGGGAAGUAAAGGUAGCUGGGGAAGUAGGAGAGGGAGAGGGGGAGGUAGAGGGAGUGAGGGAAGUGGGGGAAGAAGAAACAAAGGAAGAACCUGCCAACUUCUCUGUUGAACAGUCUGAGGAAAAUUAA